UUGCCUGGAUACGCACGUUGUGUUAACAGGCCAGUUCGAGAGGUUGCAGGUGUCGCAUAACUGCCUUAUUAGCUUUCCGCUGAUUAAUUACACAGCUUCGAGCAUGGCCUCGCUGAGCAGGAAACCAGGCCGUGGGUACAGCAUGACAGACUGGGAGACCAAUAACAAGCUGCUCUCAGACGCCGCAGAGCACCACCGCAGCCAAUCAGAGAGGGCGCGGCAGGAGGGGCAGGCUCUGACCGCUGAGACAACCUGCAAGGCCGUGUGUGGGGAGCGGGACUUCAGGGGGCGUCUAGAGACCCGGCUCCAGGAGAUCUCCCAGCAGAGACACGCCCUGCUGCGCUGCUCCCACCACCUGGACACAGAGAUCCACGCUCUCACUCAGGCGAGGCAGGAGUUAGAAGAAGUGCUGAUGGGGCUGGGCGCACGUGUGGAGGUGGUGGAGGAGUGCUGGGCGCUGGGGGAGGGGCGGAGAGGAGGAGAGCUGAUCUCCGACCGCGUGGAGGCGGAGCUGAGGAGGGAGGCGGAGCUUAUCGACCUCACACAGCAACAACUGCAGGAACUCAGCAGCCAGGCCUUCCUGGUGCUCUGCCGCCUCCAGGAGACUCGCCAGCUGCUGACCUUUGACCUUAACAACAAGGUGGAGGCCCUGGAUGUGGAACUGGCCUGCCUGUCUGUCACAGACCAGACCACAGGCCUCUCCCUCAAGCCCCGCCCCACCCACAUGCCUGCAGGUUCCUCCUCCCACCAGGAGUGGUCACUGUUUAGCCAGCGCAACAUGAGCCAGGCCCAGGAAGAGAUGCAGGCAUCUCUGAGGCUGAGAGAGAGCAUGACCUCUGCCAGGGCACAGAGCCAGGCAGACCUUGAAGCCCAGAGCAGCAGAUCAGGGUUCAGCCUGCGCAGGAACACCCACCUGCUCCACCAGGCCUUCAACCACCUCCGCUGGAAACACUGCACGACCAAAGAGGAGAUCUCAGAGCUGGAGAGGGCGAUCCACGGUGUGGAGCAGGAGCUGGUGGCCAGAGAUGCCCACCUGAAGCUGGUCCACACCAGGCUGGACAGCAGGACCUACCGGCCUGGCACAGAGCUCUGCAUGGACCAGGUGCAGUCCAGCCUGGUGGAUGAGGCCCAGCAGCUGGAAGUCUCUACUGCAGCUCUGAAGCAACACCGGGCCCAGUGUCAACACACCCUGAAGACCCUGGAGGAACAUCUUGCACGUCUUGAGUUCAACCUGGACCUGAAGCACGAGGCACUGGAACUGACCCUGCGUAGCAACCAGACGCGGCAACGCCUGGAGCCCCACCCCUCCCCACCGCGCCCUGACACCCCCCCGCCUCACACCUGGGAUUCUGCUGGAAGGCUGCUCUCUCAUAAACCCUGCUUUUAAAUUAACUUGAAUAACACAACCUGGUGCCUUU